AUGGGCCCUUUAACAUAUUUCUCCAAUCAAAAAGGAAUUGUUUAUUGGCUUGUUUAUUUGUUUUCAUCUGUUCUUGAGCUUUUUCUGAUUGUCUCUGUGUGUCCUCUGCAGGUAGUUGCCUUGACCUCGCUCUUCUUCAUCCUGGUUUCCAUCACAACCUUCUGCCUGGAGACCCAUGAAGCCUUCUUAGAAAUCAAGACCAUCAUGGAGCCGGUGACACGGGACAAUGUGACUGUGGAGGUGCCACGCCACGAGGUCAUCACCAACCCCGCCCUGACUGUGGUGGAGGGCGUGUGUGUUGUGUGGUUCACCUUUGAGUUCCUCGUUCGAAUCAUCUGCUGCCCCAACAAACUGCUCUUUGUCAAAAACACCCUCAACAUCAUCGACUUUGUGGCCAUUUUGCCGUUUUACCUCGAAAUGGUACUCUCGGGGCUGUCCUCCAAGGCAGCGAGUGACAUUUUGGGGUUUCUCAGAGUUGUCAGAUUUGUUCGUAUUUUGCGGAUAUUCAAACUGACACGGCACUUUGUUGGGCUACGUGUGCUUGGACAUACGCUCAGAGCCAGUGUCAAUGAGUUUCUGCUCCUCAUCAUAUUUUUGGCUCUUGGCGUGCUCAUUUUUGCUACUAUGAUCUAUUACGCAGAACGUAUAGGCGCACAUCCAAGUGACCCCACCGGAUCCUCCCACACGCACUUUAAAAACAUCCCCAUCAGCUUCUGGUGGGCCGUGGUUACCAUGACGACCCUAGGGUAUGGAGACAUGUACCCGGAGACAUGGCUGGGCAUGAUUGUGGGGGCUCUGUGUGCUCUGGCGGGCGUCCUCACCAUUGCUAUGCCUGUCCCAGUCAUCGUCAACAACUUUGGAAUGUACUACUCACUGGCAAUGGCCAAACAGAAGCUGCCCAAGAAGAAGAAAAAGCACAAUCCUAACCCAGAUGCCCCAACGGACUCUGCGUCCUUUGGGAAAUCGGACACAAACUCUCACAGAGACAGCACCCAGAGCGACACAUGUCCACUGGCAGCAGACGAGAGCAGCCGCACCCGCUCAGACUCCAAACAGAAUGGCGACGCGAACGUGGCCCUUUCAGAGGAGGAGGGGUGCAGCCUGACCCAGCCCCUGUCCCCGAAUGAGAAGUGGUCCCUGCGUUGCACAAGGACCAGGGACAAAAACAAACUGGAAGGGACCUGCUUUCUGCUCACCUCUGAAAACUCCAGUGUGCGCUCGGAUAGCUGUAAGGACAUCCUUGGAGCAGGCAGUAACUACUCCCAGUCUGAGAUGACCACUCUGACCUGAUCGUGUCCAGGUGAAGACUGUCUUAAAGUGCUCCGUAACCCGGGUUCUAUGAGUUUGUUGUAGGCGCAUGUCAGUCAGGACUUGUCUCGAGAUGAUAAAAGGCAAUCAUUUAUAUAGCAGAUUUCUAUGUAUACAACUAUAUGUUAUACAUCAUUUGGCAUGUGUUGCAUGAUUUACCAUUGUAUGUACAUGAUUAAUGUCUCAGUGUCUAACCAAUGUCGCAAUGUCUUGAAAUUUAUCUCUUAAAGAAGUGACGACCUGACUUUUUUUUUUUUUUGACAUUUUUGUUUUUGUUGACAUUUCCAUUACUGCCUUAUUUUUUUCUCAAUGCCUUUUAUAAAAUCAUGGUAUCUUUGUUAUUAUAGAUUUGUACUGCCAUUAUUACUGUGAAUAGGUUUUAACUGUCAAAGAUGGGUCAAGAGGAAGCACCCAAAAAUAAUUGUUUUUAAUACUUGUAUAAUAAUGAAAACAAGAGGAAGAUAUAUGAGCGCUUAGAGCAGUAUUGUCUGUUACUGUCUGUUGAGUUGGAGUUUGGACCACUUCUUUUGUACAUUUUGAUGACCUUUAGUAACACUGCACAGUCACAUGUGCCUCAUGUCGAGUAAUGAAGUUGUGUAAAGUCAUGUGAUUAGAUCUGUUCCUGUGGAGGCUGGAGAAAAUAAAAGGGUUUAUUUUACGUAUAUAAAUAAUAGUUGAAAUAUUAGGGCUGCAAAAUUGUCAAAAAUAUUACAAUAAUGCUAUUUUAUUGUGUACUUUUUAUAUAAUAGGUUCAAUUGGAUGUGUCUUCAUAUCAUAUCAAAACAUGGGCCAAAACAAGGCUUUAUUCACCACAUUAAAAGUAGGACCAAACUUGAACUGGUGGGUUUCAAAUGACUUCACAACAUUUUAUAGGUCAAACAUAUUUAAUACAUAAUAAGGGGGGAAGCCAAAAGUAUUAUUAUUAAAUUGCAGAUUUUUGUGGUAAUACAGUGUCACUAAUUGGAAUGAUCAGGUUCAGCAUUUUUAAUUUACGUUUUAGGUAUUUGUCAUGAAAGUACAGAGUAAUCAAAAAGUAAAUCUAGCACUUGGGAGUAUGACAUCCUCUCGUUCUAGAAUCUGAAAUCUACCAAGACCAGGACUGAAUCAGGACUAAAACAGGAGCCUUCUAAUUCAACAUGAGGACUAAACUUGGCUCAAAGCAGGACCAAACCAGGAUAAGUGAUUGCACCCUUUAAUUUGCCUGAUGCAUUUGUAUAUUUUGCAACAACAACAAAAAUGUGAUAUAUUGUACAACCCUAUGAUAUCGUAACGUUUACCAUAGUGGCCUUAUGUUUAAGUACAUGUUUAGUUUAUUUCAAUGCUGACCUGUGGGGUUGGUAAUAUUAGUGAGCACAGCUAUGUAGCACAAUGUAAUGUCUCUUUCCUUUUUUUAUUGUACUAACAUGCUUAUGGCCCAUUGCCCUUAACCCUGAAUGACAGAUGAUUAUUUUGAUAAGCAACCCUCUCAUUUCCUGUUUCCCCCCUGGUGUAUAGAUGGUAUAUGGACAAGCACAGUGGUGUCAGGUUUCUGCUCUAUGGAUUUGUGAACCGUGUGGGAUCCUAUGCAGAAACAAAUAAAAUCUACUUGUGUUUUAA